AUGGAGGUCGUGGACGUCCUGCUCUCUCUGUCCACAAGCGCGGAGCGGACCCCCAAAAUUGCGCGAGCCGCGGCACUGGGGCUGCAAACGCUGCUCUCACUGGAGACCCAUGAGCUGAGCGGGCUUAUGACGACGCACAUCUGCCGGUCGACUGCCAUGCAGCACUGCGCCACUUGGCUGCUAGGCGACGAGGGCGUGGCACCAGCUUCAUCUCAGCGGCGAGGUGCUCGAUCACCUGUCUUUGACGACACAGUUGCAAUGCUUCAGGUCUGCACUCGGGGGAUCGCGAGCGUUGACUCGGGCGUCCAGGACGCAGCUCUGCGCUUGCUCUGCUCUCUGCUUGUCCUCGAUGACGCUUCAUCCAGCGCACUAAGCAGUGCCGUUCGUCUGUCAGGAAUCCUCAUAUCGAUCUCGUGGCUGCUAAACCACAGCGCCCCGCACAUUGCAGCAACGGCAGCCACGACCCUGGAGCUGAUCAUUCGGCACUCGCCACCUAGCGACAUCCUGCGUGCAGUCAUCGAGCAGGGCUGUGUCAUUAUCUACCGGGCGCUCUUGUCGGCGUGCAGCGGAGCCAAGAAGACCCCAGCACAGGCUGCGGUGGCUGCGAGUUGCCGCAGUCUCCUGAACUGGGUGACGGAAGAGGUGGCGUGGCAGUCGGGCGUCGUGGCCGCGAGUGUGCAGUCCGUCCUGAGCUCGACCAACGUCCUCCUACAGAAGAAUAUCGUCCUCACCAUGCAGAUCCUGGCGCAGCGCAACGCAGCUAUCCGCGAGGCUCUGGAAGACCAGGACUUCCGGACCGAUGCCUUGGUCUCGGCAAUUCAGUCCGACGACGACGCGGGGCUGGCCGUCUCGUUGCUAUCCAUCUGCCUAAACUGUAGCGACAAGUGCUCGACGCUGAAGAUCGAGAGCUGCACGAAAGACAAUCCCAAUGACGGGGACGAGCAGGGCCGAACGAUUCGGCUUCUGUGCGCUGACGGAGAAUUCGUCGAGAUCGGAGCACUCUUACUCCGCCAGCACAGUAACCUGCUCCGCCAGUUAAAGCUUGAGCAGCCACAAGACCAAGCGGGCAAUAGUCUUACUGUGCUUGACAGACUGAAGGCGUUCAAGGCGUCGAACGUUCAGCUGUGCGUAAACCUCCUCCCGUUGACGCAACAGGAGGCGGUGCGCACACUCACAAAGCUCGACAGCUUCCCAAGCAUGCAAGAACUUCUCCACCUUGCUAAUACCAUCGGGUCAGCAAAGUGCUGGCACGUGACCACUUCAGCGAUGUGUCGGAUGAUGACAGCUUCGAAUUGGCUCGACAUCUUCCAGUUUGCAUCGACCGACGUCCGGCACCCCACACUCGUACUGCGGUGCAUCCGCUUCGCUCUUCAGCUACACCACGAGCUGGGCCCACGCGGCAACACACGACUGCUGUCACAACAAGAGAAACAGUCGCCGAUUGAUCCAGCAGAACAAGCACGCGCCGAUCUGGCUUCGGCUCUCAAGACCGCAGCUGUCCAGAUGAGCCAGGAGCUCUUCAUCGGCUGA